AUGAGCCAGAGUCCUGCAGGUGUGGAGCACUUGACACCUACCUCGAAGAAGCGGAAACUCGCAAAUCGCAGCUAUUGGGAGAACAUAGGAGGCAGCGUGUCACGGAUUGCAGCGAUUAGUCGUUUUCUGGAGGACAAUGCGGGCGUGGAUGCAGCUUCUCCCAUUGAAGAUGACGCUGCGUGGUUUCAGAAGAGGCGAAUGACCCUGACGCCAGCCGUACGACGUCCCUCUCUUGGUGCGGCUGUUAGAUCUGGCGUCACUCCAGGGCAUGCUGGUCGCGGAGGGUGGAGCGUGCAGCGCUGCGCAUUGAUGCAGGAAGCGGGACAGGCUGGAACGGAGUCGAGGCAAGCAAGGUCGGAAGCGGGAGAAGCUGGAUCGAAGCACACAGGACUCGAGGAAGUAGUGCAAGUGGGAAAAGCUGGUUCGAAGCAAGCGGGAGAAGCAGGACAGGAUGGUUCAAACGUAAUGGCAGGAGACAAAGAGGAGCAGGUCAUUCGUGAAGGCACAACUGCUGAGCAAGUCCAGGCGACCGGAAAAGCGAGCAAGCAGGGAGCGGACCUGGGUAUGGGAGUGGAGGGGCCUGUGGAGCUGACCAAGGAGUAUCUGGAGUCGCGAAUGAACGUCAUCUUCGCUCAAGAGACCUGCAACGCGGACCAGAAGCCCGUGCGGAUCGCGAGACAGGUCAAGGCAUGCUUGAAGCGGUGCUACCUCGCGUCCAUGCUCGAUAUCAGGGCGUUUGAAGCGAGCACGGAUGAGGGGAGCGAGGACGAGGAGGAGGAGGAGGACGCGGGGAAGGGCGAUGGAGGGGCAUCAGGCAAGUCGGUUGAGCCAGCAACCAGGGAGCAGGCGGCUGGGGGAGGGAGGAAUGAAUCGCUAGCGUCUGUGAGGUUCCGCAUACAGGGAUUGAGAGAGAUUAAGGAGGGGCUGUUGAAGGAGCUGCAGGAGAUUGAGGCUCUGGAGAAGCUAGAGGAGGCUGAGGAGGAAGAUACGAAGCAGAGCAACGAGGAGGAGGGAACGGACGAGGAGGAGAGCCUUGACGGGGAGGAGGAAGCUUCAAAUGCUCAGGUUGCGGCAGCGAUCGAGGAGAUUCUCCCAGUUGUCGAAGAAAAGAUCGAAUGUACACGCUCUUGGAUCAGCACCACUCUUUCGCUGUGUCAGCGGGCAGCAAGUGUGGAGCAGCAGCUGGUUCAGGCAUACCCUGGGGCUGCAGCUGCUGCUGUUGGUGGAGCAGGCGAUUCCAGAGGGUCAACAGCGGCAGUGAGAGGUGCAGGAGGGUUUGCGGGAGUGCCGCUGGCUGUGUUAACUCCACGAACAGCAGCUAGGGGCCUGGCGAAUCUUGGGCACCCAGAUAUGCCCACGGACUUAGAAUGA